AUGAACGUACUAACCAACCAAAGGGGAGAAAACCAACUUAAUCACGCUAAUAGCAUAUACUGCAAACUUCACCAAAUUCAGAGUGAGAUUAAGAAGGUUUUUAAAACCAAACGUAAUAACUUCCAAAAUUAUAACUUCUUUACCGAACCCCAAAUUCUGGACUUGGUUAAGCCUUUGCUGGCUAAAUACCAACUAGGCUUAUUUAUUAGUGACGAAGUCCACGAAAACUCUUCUGAUAUUUCUUUUACUGUGGGUAGUAACACUGAUGUUGCCAAAGCCAAAGGAGCUGCGGAAACUUACGCUAGCAAAUACUUCUUAUCUAAGUUUUUCUUAAUUCCGGUUCAAGAUAUUUCGGAUCCAGAUUAUCGUUCCAAAGUAGCUGAAAAGAAAACUAAUUCUGAACGUCCUUUAACUAGUUCCGAACAAACCCAAGUCCAAACUUUCUUAAAGAAACACGGCUGA